AUGCCUCGUCGAUCAACAUCACGAUCUCGAUCUCGAUCAAGAUCACCGUACCGUGAGCAUCGUCGGCGUCACUAUCGUCGAUCACCAGUUUCAUCGCGUCGUCGCCGAAGUCGCAGUGGAGGAGCGGACGCUAAGGAUGACAUUGAACGACUUAAUCCAACGCCAAGCAAAGUCUUAGGGGUUUUUGGUUUAUCAUCACGCACAGAGGAACGUGAUAUUCGGCGUAUCUUCUCUAAAUAUGGACGUAUCAGCAACGUUCAUAUUGUCUACGACCGAGGAACAGGCCGAUCUCGUGGUUUUGGUUUCAUUUAUUACGAACGCAUAGAAGAUGCAAAAGAAGCGAAAAAAGAAACCCAUGGCAUGGAUAUCGAUGGCCAAAAAGUUCGAGUUGACUUUUCAGUUACUGAUAAGCCACAUGAUCGAACACCUGGAAUUUAUAUGGGUGCACCUGAACAACAAAGUUCACGUGGUGUACGUCGGGGUCGAUCCCGAACACGAUCACGUUCGCGUUCACCACCAAAAGAUGAACUUUCCAACAACACUCGUGUGCAAUUUAGAUAG